GUGCUGCCGACCACUGAUGUACGUGUUAGGGAAUGCUCACAGUAAGACUUUUUCCGACCGAAUUCGAUCCUAAUUAUGGCAGGAUGCUUACAAAACGCGUCUGAUUAUGUCCUUAGAUCAGAUUGCUGCCCUGGAGGGUGUGGCCGGACAGUCUGUUGUGUCUCAGGAUUGGCCACGGUUCUUUUCCAUGCUCCGCAGUUUUGCGAUCACAUGUGUCCCUGCAGCACUAGUGAACAGCGGUUUGAAGUAUUUCCAGACCAUCAUCAGUCUUGCGUUUAGGCAGAGGCUUACCGAGCAUCUUCAUCAGCGAUAUUUGGCGAAUCGAGUUUACUACGUAGCGUCUACAUUAGGAGGGUUGUCUAAUGCAGAUCAGCGCAUCACGGAGGAUGUGGAGAAGUUUUCAUUUGCAGUAAGCGAAUUGUUCUCGUACACGUUCAAGCCGGUGCUCGAUAUCGUACUCUUCACAAGAUCAUUGUCAAAAACAAUAGGUUACAAGGGGCAGUUUUUCCUGUACGGAUAUUUCGUGUUCUGUUCAGCUUUGCUGCGCGCCAUCAGCCCUCCACUGGCAUUGAUGACUUCGCAAGAGGCAGCUCUUUCUGGCAAUUUCCGGAAUGCUCAUCAGAGGCUCGUCGCUCGUGCAGAAGAAGUGGCGUUUAAUGACCCGCCAGGAGGAGAUACGGAGAGAUUAAUACUCAACGAUCAUCUGGAGCGCCUCCUGCGUCAUGCACGCUUAUCUGCAUUCCAAAAGUUCUGGCAACAGGUUGCGGAUGGGUAUAUGGUAAAAUAUGCAGCCUCAAUUAUUGGCCUCAGUGUUUAUGCUGCUCCUAUCUAUCUGAUGCCCAAGGAAAAGGCGAGUCAAGCGGAGUUGACGGGCGCCUACAUCAGGUCCAUGCGUCUUAUGAUGAACACAUCAACAGCAAUUGGCCAGCUUGUACUGCUCUACAAACGCAUCACAGCACUGGCAGGAUUCACCUCAAGAGUAUCUGAGCUUAUGGAAUCGGUGAAACAGCUGAGCACGAAGGAAGGCCAGAAGAGAUUGUCAUGGAUGAAAGCUGUGGACCCCGUUGAUCCUGCGAAGGACAAAGGGGAGCAAGAGUCGAUGAUUGAUGGACAAUUGAAUAAUCAUUCCGUCUCUCCUGCUAGCCUAAAGAGAGAAUUAUCUCCACCCCGCUUCCUCUAUGGGCCAAUCAUCAAGUUUGAAGGAGUCACUAUCUCUGCUCCGGAUGAGCAUUUGCUUGUUAGAGAUUUGACAUUUGAGGUUGCUCCUGGCCAGUCUGUCAUGAUCAUGGGUCCAAAUGGCAGUGGGAAGUCGUCCCUGUUUCGGGUUCUUGCAGAGCUGUGGCCACUUCAGAGUGGAGUGAUUACGAGGCCGCCUCGUGGAGAGAUUUUUUACCUCUCACAGAGACCUUACGUUGCAAGCGGGACUUUGAGGGACCAAGUGAGGUACCCCACUCCCCCGCAAAGGUUGAUGACAAUGGUGAAUAGGCGAUACCACUCUUCACGGCGCCGAUCAUCGACUGCUGCUAGCUUUUCUUCUGGCUCUUUAACAGAGGAGGAAUUUGACAAGGCUGAUGACCGGAGAGUCUUGCAAGCACUGGAAGCGACAGAGAUUGCGUACUUGGUAGACAGAGGGAGGGGGCUCGACCAAGUGCAGAGCUGGGAGGAGACAUUGUCUGGUGGGGAGAGACAGCGACUUGCAAUUGCACGUGUUCUUUACCAUAGGCCAAAGUAUGCAGUUUUGGAUGAAUGCACAUCUGCUGUGAGCGCCGAUGGUGAAGCGAAACUGUACGAGAGGCUACAAGAUGCGAAGAUCACAUUGUUUUCAAUUGCGCACAGACCUGCGCUUAAAAAGUACCACUCAUCAAUUCUCGUGUUUGAAGGAAGCCAGAUGGGUCAUGGAUGGAGGUUUGAGAAGAUGCAGGCAGAGCAACGGCAGGAUGGAGAAUGCCAAGAAAAGGCAAAUGGAGUGAGCAGCAAGCAUGAAGGGAGCUAACCAGCGGAUGAGAUUGUCAUUGACGGCACCAAGCGUGAGAGGCCAGGUCUGGCUGCCUCGAGAGCCAUGAGGGAGGACGAGGAGACAUGAGCGAGGAACAGGAAGAGAAGAGAAAGGUGAAGAAGAGGCUGCAGGAGAGGGCGUGAUGCCGACCUCAGUCAGUUUCAGAAAUGCGACAUUCUGUUGUUAGGGAUGUCCAUGUUGUUCUCAUUGUUGAUCAAUUGGCAGGCAGGCAGGAUUCGGCCAGCUGUGAAAGUACUCACCAUCUCCAUGUUGACAACGAGUUGCAAGUUCUAAGAUCUGGUUAUGGGCCAUGGCCUCUGGUUCUUCGUAUGCAGAUUGCUGCUAGUAGGGCCAGUAAGUUGUGGCUCUUCCUGCGCAUUAAACUGGCGUUCAGCGCCGUUCACGAUCUGAUUGUUCACAAUGAGUUGCAAGUUCUGAGUUCUAGCUACAGGUAAUGGCCUCUGAUGCAGUGAUUCGUCGUCAGCAGAUCGCUGUGACAACGGAGCGCUGUCUUCUAUGCACUGCCUGCUUUCCUGUCAGACCGUUGUUACACGGCGGACUAUGAUUUACACAGCCAUGUCGAUGGGUAGGAUGCCGACACACAGAUCAACAUAAGUAUGUGGAGGCAGUGGAGGAGUCAUGCUCUCAUGAUCUGUUUCGUCCUCCUGCGCUGCCUCUCUCUCUCUCUUCGAGUUGUCGCUCUCACUGUGCAGUCGUCACCAUCACUGUCGACUCGUCUCCACCAUUUGUCAGACGUGCCGUCUGGCGUCAGCCCUCUGUUAAUCUUCUCUCCACCGUCAGAUCUGUGAUGUUUGCGAUUUCUGAGCCACAGCUAUUGUUGGCCUCAGCGUCCAUUUCAUUGUGUGUAGAUUUUGUACUGAAAAAGGGAGGAAACAGGCUUUCCCCCCUUCCCCCCUCCUUCCAUCCAGUUGGAUAUUUCCUUGUGCCAGGUUGCAUUUUGAAGUGAGAGCAUUAUGACCACCCACCCACCAUAGCCGUCCCUUGCAUUCACGAGGGUCUGGCAACGUGCCCACAUUCGACGUAUGGAACGUAAAGCGGCAGAUGGGUCUCCUCUGGAUCUCCCCGUCUGCGGUCUCGUUUUCUUAACUUUUCUAUAUAGAGGGAGGGGGGACGAGCGGGGAGGAGCGACUCGCGUUUUGGAGGGGAUGUGGAUUGAUAACUCUUCAAGAACUCGGAGUCGGGUCAACGUCCAAAGGGCUGAACGAAUUGUCGGAAUACGGCGAAUCGGGACUCGAUAGUUGAAAUCGGUCGUGGCCGGUUAAUCGGGAAGGUGGUGUCAGAUUAUGUCUGAGGACUGAGGAGAAGUAGUUGUGCCCGCCACAGAUCACUUGCAUUCGCAGGGGAACUUGUACUUGAAGCUCAUAGGGUUUGAUCCAUAGAAAAAGGAAACCGUGUGUGCAGUGUCGGCGGAGGAAGGGGGUACUCUUAGGGUUUGAUGUAUAGAAAGAGGAAGCCUUGUGCGCAGUGUCGGCGGAGGACGGGGCUUGUCGCAGCUGCAGCGUUAGGUAGACGGAGCCUGUGAAAGCCGUAAUUGUCACGCCUACUUGCAGAGCAUGUUGUCGUCUAUGCGGUCUUUGACUGAAAUAUUUUACGCUUAUCCAUCUCAAUCAUUCAUCGUCGAAUGUGUGGACUAAGUGCUCAACCACGUUCGCCUGGAGACUGUGUGCCCUCGCUGCUCAGCCUCUGCCGAGAAAGCUUCCUAGUUUGGAAAGAUUUCUAGGUGACGUGCAGAAGUUUACCCAAAAGGGAAAGUUCUCUCUUUGAGUCUUUGCAGAUUGAUUACAGCUCGGAAACGGCCGUCUUCUGAGAUGCAUGAAUCUGAGGGUUGGGCGCACCCCUGGUCGUUUUUAGUCAUUGAGACCCCCCUCGCUAUUUGACCGAGUUCACUGCAGCCUGUGUUUUGACAUGGGUAAGCUUAUUUUACUACCCCUUUUCUUAGCAAACAAAUGCCCCCCCCCCCCCCCCCCCCCCCCCCCCGGCCCCCCGGCUAUUUGACCGGGUUCAUAGGAACCUGUGUUGUGACAUGGGUAAGGCUGUUGCAAUCCUUCUUUUUUCUUAGUUCUUAGCAUACAAUCGAAGACGUCAACGGUCCAAGACUUCAUCUAUAUUCAUCAAGUGUUGGAUAUAUUCAGAAAGGCUUCAACACUUGAAGCACCACUGGAAGAUAGACGUACGCCAGUUGGGAGUGGGAAUGGGUGAGCAGCAUACACACUGGGAAGUCUGGACAGUGUCACUCUGCGUUUAUAAGACGCAGGUGCACUGUGCUGCUUGACGAGUCAGAAUGGCUGAGAGCAUCGGUAUGUGGUCUAUCUCGACCGACGACCAGCGCAGACGAUCGGUCAUUUUUUUCGCAGACGGAGCAAUGAUCUGCGACCCGGUUUGUGUAUACAGCCGAUGACGACAACGACACUUAAGCUGAUGGCGCAAGGGAAAAGAUGCUCUGCUGAGCAGAAGGCUACUGGGUUGAUGAGGAAGGAAGAGAGAGGAGGAGGAAGAGAAAGAGAGGAGGAGGAGGAAGAGAGAGAGAGAGAGAGGAGGAGGAGGAGGCUCCUAAGAGAAUAGCAAGCAUCGAAACAUACAAUGGUGCCAAAGCAGAUCUCUGCGACAUCUCAAUGGAGACUCAGAAGGAGUAUAUAGAUAUAUAUACAUACUGCAUUUGCACCGCUCUUGGGCUAGUACGAGAAGUCAGCGAGACAUUGACAGUGAGGCGUGUGUGACUGAAAAGAUUAGUUCUGAGGGAGAGGGAGCCUCAUUCUUCUUUGGGAGUGUAAUGAUACUUCAAGUCAUUUGACUAGCUGUAGUUUCUUUUCGUCGAGUUUUGAUCUCCUUUUUUGUCAACGUUAAUGAUAGUCCCAAUAGAGAUAGGGAGGGAACGUGGAAGGCCAUGUAAACGUUCAUUUGUAGCGAGUGAGAACAUUUGCUGCAUUGUGUUUACUGAUUUGUUAUCACUUUCAGUCUCUGUGGUUUUGGUUCCUGUGAACACCGCUCACAACUCUUUUCGUCACAGGUUUCACAGCACGGGACUAUCACUGUCAUGCUAUGCGACUUUCACUUCAGACCAAAUGAUCCUACUUCGUUUGUCGCUAUUGGUAGAGGAAGCAGAGAUGCAACACUUCGGUACGUGUGCACAUCU